AUGGCUACCCAGGGGCAACUCGACGCGGUACAGGCGUCCGACAUUGCUCAGCUCUGGUCUUUCCACCUGGCCCAGUUCAGCAACAUCCAACAAAUAAUGAAGGGCACGGAAGGCAUGUCGAAUGAAUUUAAGGAUUUCCGGCAUGACCGAUCGAAAACAGACAAUGUGCGGACUGCAUUGAAGAAUAAUUUACAGCUGAUUCAGAAGGUCGUUAAUAUGGUCGAGGUGGUCGGGAAUGCUGCAUCAGUAUCCAGCUUGAUUUCUACGGCCUUUGGACAGGUCAUGCAGUCUUUUGCCUCGGUAUCCGCCGACUACGACAAAAUCAUGGGCUUCUUCGACUUCACGCAUCGCUUCUUCGACCGGCUCUCCAUGAUCGAGGAUAAAACUCCCCAGCAAGCGCCGUUCCAGCGAUGCGUUGCGCGGGUCUUUUCAGGCAUGCUGACCAUUUAUUCCGUGGCGCAGGAAUAUGCCGAGAAGAAAAGAUCCAAAAAGUGGUUUUCUAGUUUGGUUGAUGGAUCGGAUGGGGCUCUUUCUGGUGCCAUCCAGGAAAUGGAGGAGGCCGUGAACGAGCUGACGCAAGCCGUUGGCCUAACCACGCUGCGAACCGUCGAUAUCCUCGACAAGAUCAUACAAAGCAUUAACGGAAAUGUCGAGUUCCUCGUAGCGCAGGUCACUGUAAUCGAUGGACGAAUGGAGGCCAUCAAAUCCGACACGAUCAUCGAACAAACCCAGGCGCUGGACCUGAAACAGGACGCUAUGCUCAAGAUGUUGGAGGAGCAAUCCCCACUCUUCAAAGACGCAGUUCAAUGUUUCGAGUCUAUCCAAAUGGGGUCUAAUCUCGGGCAGAGUAUCCAGACCAGUUUGCUGAAACUGGACGUCGUAAGGCUCCGGCUGACUCGGUGGGGUGAGUGGGUUGGACUGUCGAACGUGGCCGACGGCGAUGCGAAAGAGCUCCAGAUGACGAAGCUCGCUCUCGAAGCUCAAGACUUGAAAGUGCUGGACCCCGCCGAAGAGCUAGACGGCGUCACAGCUUCACUGCACCAGAAGAAGGAAGAUCUCGCUAAGAAGCGACAGGGAAAUUCCGAGUUGGAGCAGGAUCAAGUGAUUAUUCUAUACGAGGAGAAGAAUCUCGCCCGGCUGGCCGAGGACAUCAACGGAUUAGCGGACGGGUUGGUAGAUCUUUUCCCGGGUAUUCAGGAAGGACAACGCAAGCUGUGUGAAGAAGAGGGGUCUGAAUUGAACGCAAACGAGGGUGCUCUUUCGCCACUGAAGGAGGUCGCUGCUGGCCAGGACAAGCUGCUGAGUGACACGGUUGUCAAAGCCAUUCAACCACCACCACCUACACCAACAAUAAGGAACAAUUCCGGCAAGAUUAGUGGUGUCCUCUUUGGCGGUUCCUAG